GCUACUGCUAUUGUGAAGGAGACUGUCAGCAGCGCCGCCAUGUUUGCUCAGUCUGAUAGUUUCUGUGGUCACAGGGGCUCUCGCUAUGUAAAUAAUCACCUCACUGGCACAAUGAAGAAAACAGUUUUUGUGACAGUUGGAACAACUUGUUUUGACGACUUGAUAGUCACCCUGACUUCAGAUGAAGUUGUAGAGGCGUUAAUACAUGGAGGAUACACGGACAUGGUGCUUCAGGUUGGCCGAGGCUCGUUUAUUCCUGAUGCACACAGCUGUCCUGGACUGAGGCUCCAAGCUUUUCGUUUUAAAGAGUCCAUCGCUGAAAACAUUCAGAGCGCAGAUGUGGUCAUUAGCCAUGCUGGUGCUGGGAGUUGUCUGGAGGUUUUAGGAGCUGGAAAGCCUCUUCUUGUCGUGGUUAACGAUAAAUUAAUGAACAACCAUCAGCUGGAGCUGGCCAAGCAACUGCAGGCUGAUGGCCAUCUCCUCUACUGCACAUGCAGCACUCUUGCAGAGACUCUGCGUGACAUGGACCUGUCCACACUGCUGCCAUUCCAGCGUGGUCAGCCUGAAAACUUCGCCCAGUUUUUGGACAAAGCAGUUGGAUUUGUUUGACUGUUGCUGGAUGUUUUGUGUUGAACGUCAGUGUGGAGAGAAAUUGCACAACAAAACACAUUUUUGGAGAAUAGCAGACUGUCAAAUGGCACUGAUUUUCUCAGGUCAAGGACUGUGGCAAACUAAUCAAAGAUAAAUAUUGGUAUUGUAACUUUAUAAUACAGAAACUGAUUUCAGUAGCAGCAUUAUACAAUAGCGACUUUAUAAUGUUAUAUAAAUAAAUAAAUAAAUAAAUAAAUAAACAUACAUACAUAUAUAUUUCUUUUCUAAAUGAUUAAUAAAAUAUUUUUCUACUAA